AUGACGGUUUUUGAAGGUUUAUCAGAUUUUCAUGUUGUUCUCUUAGCUGUGCAGCUUUGUCUGAACGGGGACAUAUUGGGCCUUCCGCUUCUCAAAUCCCAGUUUCCGCAUACCCUCCAUCUAGAACUGCUAUUUCGAAUAGUCCUUACGUUCCUACCAGAGAUUACAGAGCCCGAACAAUAUACUCAAGUGAUCAAGCAUCUUGUCAAUGGCUCUCCGCCUCCGGACUGCAACUUGGAAGCAGAUAUUGCCGCCAUCAGAGAAAUAUCCGAGCCCGACGCUCGCAAACAAGUUCGACACUUGAAACUACUCCCUCUUCGACGCCCACACAUUAAUAUCGACGCCUCCGAACCGCCUCUAAUCCAGUUCUUGAUUCAUCGAGCGCAUAGAAUUGAUACCGAAGUCGGCCUGCAGCUAUAUAUCCUCGAACUAGUGGAUCCGUUCAUCUCGAGUUCAAACGCUCUUCGCGACUGGACUAUUUCCGUUGUCUUACCCGCUAUAAGGUUCAACUACGAAUACCAUCCUGACAAUGAAGGAGCCUUGUCGUUAGAACUGAUAGAGUCACUGGAUUCGAGAAGUGCGGUGAACAUCUUGCUUUCUGCAGUUGAACCACAUUCUAAAGGAGGGGAUGUUGGUAGAGACUUGAAGGGCCUGAUCGGCCCCUGGAUGUACGGACAUGUCAAAUCGAAGAGGCGGAAACUAGACAACAAAAAAAGCACAACUAGCGGCGCUGAUUUGGCUGAGGUUGGCUGGCAAGACGUAAAUGAAUGGAUUUUGUCGACCAGCAUUCGUGACUUCCACUUGGCCAUUGAGGCAGUGGAGCAGUGGUCAGGGCCAGGAGAUAUAAAUCUCGGUGACUACGAUGGGGCACAGGAUGAAGAGCUAUCUGAAGAUACGGAGAAGAGGCUGAUGUCUCUAUAUGCGCAAGCUGGCCUUGCGUCAAUAUAUGCACUGUCUGAUGGCGGUUUUGGACUAAUAUCGGGAGCGGCUCGUAUACUAUCGAGAGUCGCUGACUUUACUGGAUUCGAUGAUCGGUUGCAUAUCAACAAUGCGGGCCUGCAUCCUCUCUCACUUCAUAUACCGGAACUUGAGAGAGUAUCUCGGCAGCACCUCCUACAUAACAUGCUCUUGAACCCUUCGAAUCCUCUCACAUACCCUACGAAGCAGUCAAUAUCCUUUACAAACGCUAUACUGGUGUCCAUCCGCAUACUUGAUCAGUACGGCCGUUGGAUGUCACCUCGAGCCGCAGCGGAGAUGAUGCUACUGGGACAGGCUGAUGCACAGUUUUUUGAACUGCGGAAACUAAUCGAGACUCUCAACCACCAACACCCUCCGCCUCGGGACUGGGCCCAGGUUAGGGCGAGUUUGCUCUGGCUGCAUAGCUGGGGAGGCAGUACGCAGCUGGAGGUACCGCAGGGGCUAUUCUGGAGGAUUCCCUUGCUCAAACUUGAACGAGAGAUCUUUAUUGCCAUGUUGACAGCAAGAGGUAAAUGCUCCCUUCAAAUUAUAGUGAUUUAG